AUGACAUCAAGACCAGUUUCAGGCUACACAGGACGCCAUAGAUUUCGGACCAAAAGGACACUCCAACUACUUGCCAUGGAGAUUUUCUCAUGUUCUGCAACUACAACGCCAGGACAGUCUCCGCCAACGCCGAUCUUCAAGCCCGUUUUCGAAGGUACAGGGCGCAUCAAUUACCACGUAAUCGCCUUGCAGGAAACAAAGUCCAGGAAGAGGCAGCUGAGUGAUGGCACACUCAUCAUUCGUGGUGGAAAGGUUCCAUCACGGAACGUUGGAGGCGUUGGAUUUGUCGUACUUACAUCUGUUGUUCAUUUUGUCUCGCAUGAGAUCCUUCACCUUGCCUGGGUAUCCUUCGACUCCUUCCUCAAAACUAUCACUAUCAUCAGCUGCUAUUCUCCAACAUCAGCAGCUGAUAAUUCGGAGCUUGAUGCUAUGAGGAUUUGGAGGAAGUCAUCCGCAAAGAGAACUCCUUCUAUAAGUUUGCCUUAG